AUGCUCACUAUCUCGUACUUUUAUUUUUUGCUCAUUGUGACUGGUGUCUGUGCUGAACAGGCGACUAACUGGAUUAGCGUCAAUUGCACAUGGCCUUGUUCAGACAAUAAAGAGUGCAUUGUAACAAACAAAGCAAUCGAAUGUCAACAAGUACACAAUUCACAGUGGGUUCUUUCCAAUCCUGAAUCAUCGCCUGUAUUUCGUGGAGAAACGGCUCGGCUCAACCAACCAUGCGUUGUACUUCCAACCCCACCUUUAGUUCCUACUACCACAGACACCUCAUCAUCAUCUUCAACCGUCAUUCUCUGGCCACCAAACGAUGUCUCAAACCCAACGGAUGCAUACCUCAGUGACUGUGACAAUAGCACCUACUGUGCACUCGAGUCUGAUAUGUGUAUCCCGCGCCUUCUCCAAAACAGUGUCUGUGUAUCCACCAACCAGUGCAUCGCUGGCUUGAUCUGCACUUCGAAUGAUGGAACCAAGACAAUCUGCUCGAAACCAAAACAUUCCUCACACGAUUCGGAUUCCAAAACAAAGAUCGGCUAUAUUGUCGCAAUCGUUCUCGGGAUCCUCAUCUUAUUGAUCUUACUCGGUAUAAUGUGGUACAGACGACGAAGACAGCGCCGAAUGGACACCACAAAACCUUCUUUGGUUGCCUUGGAGACUCUUCCAGUAGCAGGAGCACCAGGAGUUCAAUCUCAAUUUCAACCUUCUUCUUAUCCACAUUCAUCACCACAUUCGCCACACUCCUCAUAUCCUCAUCCCACCAACGCCAGCGCCGGAACUGGGACCACAAUCAUCAACUCUACGAACUCUGCCUUUACUUUUAUUCCUACUUCGACCUCAAUGCAUGCUCAUCAUCCUCAUCAUACUCUUAUUCAUAAUCAUACUCCUGAUGCUAAUGCUAAUACAACUCCUAAUGUUAAUGCUACUAGUACUAGUACUGUUAUUAUUGGUUCCACGGCUAACCAUAAUGAUAGUAAUAAUGACAAUAGUCAUAAUCUUCCAAUAUACCCCGAUUCAUCCACCCCUUCAAUGCAGCAGCAGCAACUCCAACGUCAGCUCCAGCUCCAGCAUCACUAUAAUCAGCCAGAGGCCGAUAACAAGAACACUGUACCUCCUCCUCCUUAUGUUCCUUAA